AUGUCAGACGAUAAGUCCCAGGUUAAAAUUAGAUUCUUUACCCGUGAGAAGGAUGAAUCCUUACAGGUUCAGGAUACUCCUAUGUAUGUUCCAAUUCAAUUGAAAAGAUAUGGUCUGUCUGAAAUUGUCAAUCAUCUGUUAUCCGGCGAACGUUCUGAUGAAGAUGUAGCUACCACUCCAUUUGAUUUUUUAAUUGAUGGGCAAUUAUUACGUUCUUCUCUAGAUGACUAUUUAGUAAAAAAUGGUCUAUCUUCAGAAGUAGCAUUAGACAUUGAAUAUACUAGAGCUGUUCUACCACCUUCCUAUCUUUCAAGUUUUUCAAAUGAAGAUUGGAUCAGUUCUAUCGAUGUUACUUCAGGUGUCGAAGUUCCACAAAGAUCCAUUAUUACAGGUUCUUACGAUGGGAUUGUGCGAACCUGGAAUCUAAGUGGUCAAGUUGAAAAGAUGUACAGUGGCCAUUCAGCUCCCAUUAGAGCUGUGAAAUUUGUUUCCAAUACUAGAAUUGUAUCCGCAGGUAAUGAUCGUACUUUACGUAUAUGGAAGACUAAAAAUUCACCAGUCGGCUCCAUCAAUGGUGGUGAAGAUGCUGAUGAUGAAUUAUCUGUUGAAGAAGGUAAAACAUUAGCUAUCCUAGAAGGUCACAGUGCACCAGUUGUAUCCUUAGAUGUCUCCACAGAGACUUCUAGAAUCAUUUCAGCUUCCUAUGAUAAAUCUAUCGGUCUUUGGUCUACAGAUUAUAAAGCCAUGAAUGCCGUUGAUCCAAUGGAAGAAUUAAAUAAAUCUACAAACAAUAAAGUUUCUACAGCAGCCAAGAAGAGAAGAAAGUUGGCUCUAAAGGAUGGUUCAAUUAGAAGAAGAGCACCAUUAUCACUUUUGGAAUCUCAUACAGCUCCCGUAGAACAAGCUAUAUUUGAUCUCAAUGAUAACACAGUAGGUUACUCUGUAUCUCAAGAUCACACUAUUAAGACUUGGGAUCUUGUCACCGCUCGUUGUGUAGACACCAAGACUACUUCUUACUCAUUAUUGAGUAUUGCCCAAUUAAGCUCUCUAGGGCUAUUGGCUUGUGGUUCAAGUGCUAGACAUAUUACAUUGCACGACCCUCGUGCAGAUUCCAGUUCUUCCAAGAUUACACAACAACAAUUAAUUGGCCACAAGAACUUUGUUGUCUCUUUGGAUACUUGUCCUGAGAAUGAAUACAUGCUAUGUUCCGGUUCUCAUGAUGGUACUGUUAAGGUAUGGGAUGUAAGAGCUACUGCCCCAAUGUAUACUAUUACAAGGGAAAAUGGCGAAACUAAAGAUAAGGUAUUUGCGGUUAAAUGGGCAGAGAAAGUAGGUAUUAUUAGUGGUGGUGAGGACAAGAAAGUGCAAAUAAAUAAGGGUGAUAAUAUUUUUAAGAGUGAACAAUAA